AUGAUUGAAUCGCUCUUCGUGCUCUCCCCCACAGGGAAGGUCAUUAUCGAGAAACACUGGCAUGAGCUGAUUCCUCGCCGGGUGGUCGACUAUUUCAACGAACAAGUCUCCAAGGCGAUGACCGAAGGGGAAGAUGUCACACGCGAGGAUGUCCUGCCCAUCAUCGCUUCACCAAAGUACCAACUCAUUAACGUCUACCGUGAUGGACUCACCUACCUCAGCCCCGUCACCAAAGAAGUCGAUCCAAUGAUGGUAUUCGAGUUCUUGCACAGGAUCCCCGACAUCUUGCAAGAGUACUUUGGACAGGUCUCGGAGACAGUGAUCAAGGAGAACUUUGUGACAGUAUACCAGCUUCUGGAAGAGAUGAUGGACGACGGCUUCCCUCUGACAACAGAACCCAACUCUCUCAAGGAGAUCGUACCCGCACCCAACAUCCUCAACAAGGUCGUCACCACCUUGGGCGCCACCACCUCGGUCUCGACCCGAAAGAUGCCCCAUGGCAUGUCCAACUUGCCCUGGCGUAAAGCAGGAGUCAAGUACAACAGUAACGAAAUCUUUUUCGAUAUCGUCGAAGAGAUUGAUGCCAUUGUCGAUUCUACUGGAAAGGCCGUCUCCUGUGAGGCCCAUGGAACCAUUCAAACCAAUUCGCGUCUUUCCGGAAUGCCGGAUUUGACACUUAGCUUUGUUAACCCACGACUGGUCGACGACUGCAGCUUUCAUCAGUCGGUGCGUUUCAACAAGUGGGAAUCAGACAAGGUUCUUUCCUUUGUGCCACCAGAUGGUCACUUCCGUCUCAUGAGCUAUCGGGUGAACUUGCCAAGUCAACAAAACUUGCCGAUCCAGGUGAAGCCAUCGAUCAACAUUGGAGCUAAUGGCGCGAAAUUUGAUAUCACAGUCAGCUUAAGGAGCACGGACGGGAAGCCGGUCGAGAAUAUCGUGUUGACGUUACCCUUGCAUAAAUCCACAACCACGCUGACGGCUCAGUGUAAUGUCGGCCAGUACAUGUUUGACCCUGUCGGCAAGGUCUUGCGUUGGGAUGUUGGCAAGAUUGUGCCGCGCGAGCGGGCACCUGUCAUUUCUGGAUCCUUUGGCUUUGGCAGUGCAAGCGACGCCGCGGCGAAUGCAGGAUAUAACAUUGGUGUUGAGUUCUUGAUCAACUCACAUUCACUCUCAGGUCUCAAGGUGGAUGUGCUGAAACUGUUUAACGAGUCGUAUAAGCCCUACAAGGGUGUCCGGACAAUGACCAAAGCAGGAAGAUACCAGGUCCGCGCAUGA